AUGUUCCUACAGUGCAGUAAUGACUCCCUAAAGAAGAGCAAUUUAAGUCCUAAUGCUGCGUCUGAGAGAGGCUGCAGACGUCCACAGCUGUCCACGGUCCCCACAUGCCACAGUCGGACCUACGCAGCCACAGUCGGACCUACGCAGCCACAGUGGGACCUACGCAGCCACAGACGGACCUACGCAGCCACAGUUGGACCUACGCAGCCACAGACGGACCUACGCAGCCACAGUUGGACCUACGCAGCCACAGACGGACCUACGCAGCCACAGUCGGACCUACGCAGCCACAGUCGGACCUACGUAGCCACAAUCGGACCUACGCAGCCACAGACGGACCUACGCAGCCACAGUUGGACCUACGCAGCCACAGUCGGACCUACGCAGCCACAGACGGACCUACGUAGCCACAGACGGACCUACGCAGCCACAGACGGACCUACGCAGCCACAGACGGACCUACGCAGCCACAGACGGACCUAUGCAGCCACAGACGGACCUACGCAGCCACAGUGGGACCUACGCAGCCACAGACGGACCUACACAGCCACAGUCGGACCUACGCAGCCACAGUCGGACCUACGUAGCCACAGUUGGACCUACGCAGCCACAGACGGACCUACGCAGCCACAGACGGACCUACGCAGCCACAGACGGACCUAUGCAGCCACAGACGGACCUACGCAGCCACAGUGGGACCUACGCAGCCACAGACGGACCUACACAGCCACAGUCGGACCUACGCAGCCACAGUCGGACCUACGUAGCCACAAUCGGACCUACGCAGCCACAGACGGACCUACGCAGCCACAGACGGACCUACGCAGCCACAGACGGACCUAUGCAGCCACAGACGGACCUACGCAGCCACAGUGGGACCUACGCAGCCACAGACGGACCUACACAGCCACAGUGGGACCUACGCAGCCACAGACGGACCUACACAGCCACAGUUGGACCUACGCAGCCACAGUUGGACCUAUGCAGCCACAGUUGGACCUACGCAGCCACAGUUGGACCUACGCAGCCACAGUUGGACCUAUGCAGCCACAGUCGGACCUACGCAGCCACAGUCGGACCUACGCAGCCACAGUCGGACCUAUGCAGCCACAGUUGGACCUAUGCAGCCACAGUUGGACCUACACAGCCACAGUUGGACCUACGCAGCCACAGUUGCUGGUACACUCGGGCGUACCCCCUGCAUAG